GGGCAUUUUGUUUCCGCCCGGAGGGAACACGUUGCUGUACAUCAGAGGGCUGGACGAAAUGGCGUGCGUGUGCAGUUUGCUAUUGACAGAGGGAUGUUAGCUGGGUUGCUAAGCUAAAUAGCUUUAGAGUUGACACGUCGGCUGUGAGUGUGUUGGCAGGUUAAGGAUUCGAGCGCUGGAGGAGAGAAUAAAUCACAGGACGAUGUGUCCACAGUGCGUCAAAUAAACGUUUAACUUGUCACAGUGGGACAGAGAGCAGGCAGGAACACAGGUAGCGAUGGCAGCUGGCCAGAAGAAAAGCGCCGCAGAGACGCACUUGCUGCCCGGCUCGAACGACCUGAACGGCUCGAAAGCACAAGGAGUGACACCAACCAAACGAACCUGCAAAGGCAAGAGUUCUCGGCUGUCCAAGAUGGCCUCGGGUGUCCAGGUGAAGUGUGCGGCCUACGUCCUGGCCUUGCGGCCGUGGAGCUUUAGCGCCUCUCUGACGCCCGUGGCUUUAGGAAGCGCUCUGGCCUACAAGCUGGAGGGCUCCGUGGACUUUGUGAUCUUGCUGGUGUGCGCCGUCGCCGUCCUGGUGGUGCACGGCGCCGGUAACCUCGUGAACACUUACUACGAUUUCUCCAAGGGAAUCGACCACAAGAAGAGCGACGACAGGACUCUGGUGGACCGCAUCCUAGAGCCGCAGGACGUGGUGAUGUUCGGCGCCGUGCUCUAUUCGGUGGGAUGUCUGUGCGCCACGCUGUUGUAUUUUCUUUCUACGCUCAGGCUCGAGCAUCUGGCGCUCAUCUAUUUCGGAGGGCUGUCCAGCUCGUUUUUGUACACUGGAGGAAUCGGUCUCAAGUACGUGGCGCUGGGUGACGUGGUGAUCCUGAUCACGUUCGGGCCUCUGGCCGUGUUGUUUGCGCACGCGGUGCAGGUGGGCCACCUGUCCGUGUUGCCCCUGGUGUAUGCCGUGCCACUCGCCCUGCACGCCGAGGCCAUCCUGCACAGCAACAACACGCGGGACAUGCAGUCGGACCGCAGCGCCGGCAUUGUCACGCUCGCCAUCCUGGCCGGCCCGGCUCUCUCUUAUGUCCUCUACAACGUGCUGCUCUUCGCACCCUACGUGGUGUUCUGUGUGCUGGCCACGCGCUACACCAUCAGCAUGGCGCUGCCGCUGCUCACACUGCCCAUGGCCUUUCCUCUAGAGCGCCAGUUCCGCAGUCAGCACUACAGCAAGAUCCCGCUCAAAACGGCCAAGCUCAACCUGCUCGUGGGACUUUUUUACGUCUUCGGGAUCAUUCUGUCCCCGACGGGGAGCCUGCCACUGUUAUAAAAGAGCGCCACCUUUCUCAUUUUUAUGCUGUAAAACAAAUUGACUUUUGAAAUAUUGAACUUGGUACCUUCUGAAUAUUAUUUAUAUAUAUAUAUAUAUAUAUAUAUAUAUAUAUAUAUAUAUAUAUAUAUAAUAUAAUAUAAAAAAAAAAACUCUUCAUCCAAAAAGGCUUAACCUGCAAGUAGGACCAGCCAUAUUGAAAAAUACUUUAUACCACCUGAGACAAAAGAGAACUUUUCGUUUUCGGCCAUUUUUCGUGUUAAAGAUUUAAAAGAUUUUACACCAGGUCUUUUUUUUUUUCUUUUUAUAGUUUAUUUUUUCCUCAAUUUAAUAAUUUGCUGUUUAAUUUAUGCUUCAGGAUUAACGAACACUUUGCAGAGGUACCGAACCUGCUGGAAACAUCAGUAUUCUUUGAAACGGUGUGUAAACAGUUUGUUUAUUAACUGCGCAGUUGCAGAACAUUUGCAAAAAUCUGUGAUAUGACCAUGAUCCUAAAUUUACACCUGUUCAAAUCCAUUCAUUUUCAUUGUGUAGGAAUAAACUGAGCCAGACGUACUGUGGGCUUCAGCACUUCAGCACGUUGAGACUGACCGGCUUGUUACACGUUAAAUCGGCUGCUCAGACCCAAACCUGAACUGAAGCUUUCAAGAAGGGAGAAUAAAAAUAUGAUUCAUGAACAUCUCAUAUGAAUAAUCAUCUUUGAUAAAGAACAACAUCUGGCUUAAAAAAUAAAUAAAUUACAUUUUAAAAUAA